GCAUGAUGCAUAGAGCAUACACGCAAAAUGGCGAUAUGUGUUUAUGAUGAUGCUGAUGCGGUGGUGGAACAAAUAGAUCGCGCACCGCUGAUGAUGAGCACAAACUCGUCAAUUAGUUUAGUGAUAACGCUGUUUAAUCUUUGAUAAACUAAACUUUGGUUGAAGAACGGAAACGCAAUAUCAGUUCGGGAAACACCUGACAAUUGCCAAUAAAUAUCAACUGGCCCCAAAAUUAUUGCAUAUUGUACUCUCAAUAUUGAGAUUGAUACUGCAAAAGUGGAAUAACUAUUGUGAAGCUUCUUUUCUAACAUGGGUCUAAAAUUACCUGAGGAGGAUUCAAAACAGUUGAUUAACGAUCCUGUGUACCGAGUUACCACGGAAGAGCUAAAUCCAAUCGAAGAGGAACUUCAAUCUGGACUGCUUGACAAACAUAGAUUUGAGCAUAGGGGACUUCUUACCGUCAUUGUCAGCACUCUGAUCGCCUUUGUACUGCUGUUCUCCAUUUUCUUUAUCCACGUUAACCUCACCUCCUCCGUUUUCCGAGAAAAGACGCUCAUCACGCGCUUUCCCCCACCAGGAGAAAGUCUAAACUCCACUUGGACCACGAGCUACGUUCUUCCCAAGAACAUCUCCCUCCUGGAAAUUCACUCGCAAAGCUUUAACUUCAAGUCAGCAUGUCCCUCGGAAAAAUUUGCUCUCGUCAUCCACCUUGCCACGGAUUUGGAGAAAGUGGAGUCGUGGAUGGAAAAAUGUGGGAGUAAAGUCCUCUACUUCCGGAUGAACAGUGACAACUUGGAAGAACAUGACGUAGAUCGAAUAGUAAAUUACGUCCCCAACGCACAGUACAUUCCGAUCAAGGCAGAAUACCACGGCGUCAAGGACUCUUAUCAACUCUUGUCCAACUCUGCCUUUCAGCAGAUGGUGGAUAAGGAAAGCAAUAUUAUUACGUCGCUCCAUUUGUCGGGAUACGUUACUUCUUCCAAUGUCAGGACCUUGGUGGAUUUGGUUCCCUUUGUGGAGGUGUUAACCCUGGAAGGGCCUGAACUGUGUUCCUCUCUACUUCGUCAACUCAGAGUUAGUCAGUCCGCUUGCAGUAUAACCUGGAAUGAGCUCCGGAAGUUGAAAAUCAAUGUGAUCAAUGAUUGCCAAAGAACUUUUGAGUUCAUUGAUAUGUGUUGGAAUAUGCCGCAGCUGAAAAGGUUGGAAAUUGAAGGGACACAAUUAAAUCCGGUAAAUGUUCGCUACAUUGAAGAUAUCAUUGACAAAUACAGGAUUAUGAACGUUAAUUUUGAUCACAACGUUUGUGCUGAGGAGGUACUGCAAACUGGGGCAUACAUGUGCUGGAAAUUUUUGUAGUUGAAUUACUUAGUAAAUCUUGUACAGGAUAUAAUAAAAUAUCAUGUUUAUCAUUACUAAGUUUUUACUUUUGCAGAGCUCAGUUACAAAAUUUUGAUUGGAAAUAUAAUCUAUUUAUUACGAAAUAUUUAUUGUGCAUAUAGUAUGUAUGUUUGAACCCAUAAUAAUACCUCAGCCACGCUGCUUUGUCUGUAGUAAUUAUAUAAGACGACCUAGAAAUAAAAAUAAUGCGAUAUUGGUAUGGAUAAGUAAUUAUUACCUCUGCUUUAUGGCAUGAAUUAUUCAUGCUUUAUUUUGACUUUGAAAUAUACAGCUAUGCAUUACAUGUACACAUGCAUGUAUAAACAAGAAGUUGAACAAUUACGACGAAUACCAAUACGAAAUAAAAUCAAUACCUGUACCGUCCCACAAACUUAGCCACUUAUUUUACCGUAUAGCACAUGAAUAAGUAAGAAUUUAAACUGACUAAACCGUAAGUUAUUUAUUGUUUUAGCGGCACAGUAACUUAUGGGUGUUGGAUAAACUGGGUAGCUUCCUCUGCGAAAUCAAAACUUAAAACAGAAAUACAUCGAUUUUCAAUGUUUCUUCCACACAUUCUACUUCUGGAGAGUUUCAUAUUGAAAUGUGGCUAAUUAGAAAGUUACAAAGGAAAUUACGAUCUGCGUGGGUUUGUGUCAUUUCCUGUUUCACAGUUCUCCUUAUGGUGCUGGCCAUUGUGCAAUUCAGGGACGAAUGUUUUGCACCUGUCCCACUGAAUUCAGAUCGCGUCGGCCGCUGUCGUGCUGUCCUCUUAAAAUCUGCUGCCAUUAACAUCAAGUAUAUCUCGUCGAUUAGCGUGAAUGGAUUAGUCUCAAAGAAAGAUUUGGAUGACUUGCCAAGCUAUGGAAGUUAUGAGACAGGAGACCGCAAAAAAGCUGAGAACCAUCAUAAAGAAGUUCUCGAAUACUUUGCAUCACGACGAAAUACCACUAAACAAGCAUGUUUUGUCAUGUUUCGUGAGGAAGAUCAGUUGCAAAGUUUGAUGACUGGUGUGGAUGAUGAUAACGAUGAUAAUGAGCAAACAUCCGAGUCACCUCUAACAAACCUCAAUAGUAUUCCAACACGUAAAAAUAAAGAUAACAGUAAAUUUUUCAUGAGAGCCACUAAUCCAACCCGCUGGAUCUUCUACAAACACAAUGCAAGAGAGUUGGAAAUGCAAUGGUGUCCAUUGUACAAGUCAGGGUCCUCUUCGUGGAUGGCUGUCUUUGCCAAGCUCACCGGAGCACUUUCUGAUAUAACAGAGGAAAAAAUCCGGAAAGGAGACAUCACUUUCAUGCAUUUGGCAAAAAAUUUUCGAAUGUUUCAUAACUCUGCAGCACAUGCAAAUUUGGCACGAGGAGAGGAAAAGCUUAAAAUUUUUACGAUGGUUGUAGUUCGACACCCAUUUAAACGCAUUCUUUCUGCGUAUCGAGAUAAAUUGGAGAGAAUUAAAGGUCGUGAGUAUUAUAGUAACACUAUUGGCAAAGCUAUCAUAAAAAGAUUUCGUCGAGCAAAGGAAAUGAAACUCACAGUUCUGGGCAAAAGUUACCACAUUAUAACGUCGCCGUUUGGAGUAAUUUCCCGAAUUGAGUUGCAGCAGAAAACGGCACCCCGUAAUUAUCCUGGUGUGAAGCAAAAGAUAGUUUCUUCUUCUAAAAUAGAUAAUAUUUCCUCCUCUAGAGACUUAACGUCAACUAAAUUAAAAGAUUCGAUUAACCUACGAGUUCCAACUUUCGAAGAGUUUUGCAAAUAUUUGGUCACGACUGUUGAUCAGACUACAAUGAAUGAACAUUGGCGUCCACAAUAUCUCGAUUGUUCUCCUUGUCACCAUAAAUUUGAUCUCAUUUUAAAAUUAGAAGAAAUUGACACGGAUAAAAUGCAAGUUUUCAAGCUAUUGGAUUUGGCAAAUAAUUCAUCCGAAUCUAGGGAAGUUGAGCGUGUUUGGAAUCGAUGGAUCAAUCGAAAUACGUUAAGAAGCUCUUUUAAUGACUCUUGGUAUUAUUCGCAAUUAUCGCAUUCACUCAUGAAUCAAUUGUACGAAUUGUAUAAACCUGAUUUUCAGCUAUUUGAUUAUUCUCCAGAUGAAUAUUUUGGCAUGUUAAAGAAGUAAAGCUGUUGUGGUAGAAGAGAAUGCUGUGCAAGUAAAAUUUCCUUAUUUUGGGAAAUUCGCUAGUCUGGCUAUGUAUUUAGGUAUGUAUUCAUGAUGAGGUAAAUAAUACUAGUGCGGUUAUACACCAAAAUUAUUUCCCCUUAAAUUCGUACCACUCACAGUCUAGUCACAGGCACUCGGUCAUUAAUUCCACUUUUCUACCUAAUGAAUCGAAUUUAAACUGUGCAUGUAACAAGCCACAAUUUUUGGAAAAUGCAUAUACCUUCUCAAUUAGGUCAAGAAGGAGGAAAAUCUCGGCUAUGGUGAUCCAUUUUCGAGCAAAAGAACAUUUCCGCAUUCUCAAACUAUAUACAUACAUCUGGAUAAUGAUGACACUUAUUUGCGUGCAUAAAUAUAUUUGACAUUUAUUGGUCAAGUUGAGUGCAUCGAAAUAAAGACUUCUCUACAUCUUACAUAUUAUUUCAUAGUUGUAAAUUUGAGACGAUGAUUUCAAUUUUUGAUCUCAUCAACGCUUACCAAAACGGAAUUGUAGCAUUUAUCACAUUCGUACUCGGGGUGGCAGAAAUUGGAGUGUGUUCCUUUGCAUUGAACAAACUGAUACUUGACGAGCAGUUCCUCAUUUAUAUAAUUGGUCACGCAAUGUACAAAAAGACGAAAAAUCUACAGGAAGCAAUGGCUCACUAUUCAACACUUCGAGAAUAUCUUAAAAGUGACCUGUUUGAAAUUAUUACCAUCAUGAAGAUCGCCCUCAGCAUUGCGUUGUGUGCUGGAAUAUGCCUAACGCUAGCAUCCUUGACAAUGGGCAUCAAACGCCAUGGGAGAAAGCUAUGGAUUCUAAUUUCUGCAAUGUCCUUGAGUGGACUAGUUGGUGGAUUUGGCUUGGCAAUGAAGUUUUUGGUCCAAAACAUUCUUUACAUGCAAAUGUUUUUAGCCACAACUGGCGUUAUUUCGUUUCUCCUGAUUCAUCUCCUCAUAUCCAUGACCAUCCAAGAAGCGUAUUCUAUGUGCACUAGAAAAAUAAAUGAUGGAACUUCCGAGACAACGACGACAAGUUCAGUGAAUUCGAGACCAGCUAUUGAUGCAAAGACUGAAGUGAGGCCUCAAGUUCAUAAUUCCGAAUCGCAAACCCCUUCAAUUGCCUUAUCCAUCCAAGAAGAAUUCCCACUGCCGCCACGACCUCCAACUCCACCAGUCGCAGCAGGCAACCCACCUGCACCGUCAACAACGAUUCAUGCACAAAUUGUCACGCCGCCAUCGUGAUCCUUACAAUGAGGUCAAGAAAUACAUAUGUAGUUGCCAAA